CUAAAGCAGUCGAUUGUGCUCGGUUGAUCUGGUCACUAGCAAGUCGAAGCUUCCGGGUUCUCAGGCUGGUUUCUUCCAAGCUGCGGAAAGAAUACAGCUAAUUCAUCAGCUGUAGCAGGAGUUGUUCUUGCUUCCUGGGCAGGGAGUCCCUCCGUUUCUGGUUUCAGUGACAUACACAGAUACAAGGUGCCAGUUUCCUGGAACAUGGCUGUGCGUUUGUUAGAUACACAGUACAAUGCAGAUUCCUAUCAGAAAUACAGAUUCUCUCCCUCUGAAAAUCUCCAAAGUGUCAUCUUCUCCUACCUGGAAGAAAAGAAAGUAGACCCCAUUCGGCUGGCAGUGGAUGUCGGCUGCGGGUCGGGACAAAGCACUCGCGUACUCGCAGCUCAUUUUGAGAAAGUGGUUGGAACAGAUAUCAGUGAAGCUCAGAUAGAAGCAGCCAAACAAGCUGCCUCCUUCCCAAAUGUUUCUUACCAUGUGUGCCCUGCAGAGGAGCUGCCAUUUGCAGAUGGCUCUGUGGACCUCAUUACUGCUUUUACAGCUGCCCACUGGUUUGAUAUGCCGAAGUUCAUGAAAGAAGUGGAUCGAGUUCUCAGGCCACAUGGCUGUGUGGCCCUUAGCACCUACGCUACAAACUUCAGUAUGCACUAUAAAGACUGCUCAGAGAGGCUUACAGAAAUCUUCACUGAGACCCAGGACCUCCUUCUUAAAUAUGCAGAUGAAAAAGUAAAUCUUGUCAUUGCAGAGUAUAAAGAGGUGUUUGAGUCUGUGCCUUUUCCAGACAAGAAGAGAGUUACCCAGAUUUUAGACAAAAUUCCCAUGUCUGUUUCUGAGGUGAUCGGGCUAUUCCAGUCCUUCUCCAUGUAUCAAGCCUUUCUGAGGAGCGACCCUGAAGGAGCAAAAUCCCUCCUCCAAAAAACUGAACAAAGGUUCCUGGAGACCAUGGGAGUGUGCUCUAAUGAAACCCAGGUAGAGAUCGGGAUAAGGAGUGUUUCUGUUCUAGGCUGCAAAGGGCCGUGAAUGGAAAAUCCAGCGAUGACCCCCAUAGCCAGAAGAAAAAUCCUGAUUUUGAUAUCUCCUUAUAACUGAUGUUAUCACCUUUAAAAUAUUUGAUUAAGAUCCCAGUAAAGUCAAUGGCAAAACUCCUAUCUUCUUCAAUGGGAGACAAAGGAGGCACAAAAUCAAAUAAUGUCAAUAUUAGAAGGGCUUUCAUGGGGUAGGUUUUUUCCUAUUUAAAGAGGAAAAGCUCAGUGUUCUGUCUGUCUGGCCAUCGUUCAAAAGGCAUUGGAAGAAAUCAAGGAUCCUUUGCCACAUAGAAGGCUGCAGAGAUUGGAUCAUAUAUGGAAUAUGCAAUAAACAUGUUACCUAACA